UUUCUUGCUCAAUCUUGCAUUGCAUAUUCAAGAGAGUAACUAGCUAAGAAAGAAGAAGCUCUAUAGCAGCAUUUCUUUGUUGGGAAGAGAGGUGUAGAAUUCAAACUAAGGGUUGUCAUGGCGGCGGAAGGAUUUCGAAUUAUACUAUUGCUGGUUGCAUGUUUGCUUCCAUUGUCUGUGGAUGCUAUGGUUCGACACUACAAGUUCAAUGUUGUGAUGAAAAAUGCCACAAGAUUGUGUUCAACCAAACCAAUUGUAACAGUAAAUGGAAAGUUCCCUGGUCCUACAAUCUAUGCCAGAGAAGAUGACAAUGUUCUAAUAAAGGUUGUCAACCAUGUCAAAUACAAUGUUAGCAUACACUGGCAUGGGGUCAAACAACUACGAACGGGUUGGGCCGAUGGGCCAGCAUAUAUAACCCAAUGCCCGAUUCAACCGGGCCAGACCUAUUUGUACAAUUUCACUCUUACAGGCCAAAGAGGCACACUUUGGUGGCAUGCUCAUGUCCUUUGGCUUAGGGCUACUGUCCAUGGUGCCAUAGUCAUUUUACCUAAGCUUGGAGUUCCUUACCCUUUUCCCAAACCACAUAUGGAACAAGUUAUUCUAUUAGGUGAAUGGUGGAAAUCAGAUACUGAGGCUAUAAUAAAUGAAGCUUUGAAAUCUGGAUUGGCUCCAAAUACCUCUGAUGCUCACACAAUCAAUGGCCAUCCAGGGCCUGUCCAAGGCUGUGCUUCACAAGGAGGAUUCUCAUUGGAAGUACAACCUAAAAACACAUACUUAUUAAGAAUCAUCAAUGCUGCACUCAAUGAAGAGCUUUUCUUUAAAAUUGCUAACCAUCAACUAACUGUUGUUGAGGUUGAUGCAACCUAUGUAAAACCAUUCAAAACUGACACAAUUGUUAUAGCACCUGGCCAAACCACAAAUGUGCUUGUAACAGCCAAACAUAAAAUUGGAAAUUUCUUAGUUGCAGCUUCUCCUUUCAUGGAUGCACCUAUUGUUGUUGACAACAAAACUGCCACUGCCACUUUACAUUAUUCAGGCACACUUGGUUCCUCACUCACAACCCUAACUUCUUUGCCUCCUACAAAUGCUACUUCAGUUGCUAACACUUUCACAGAUUCUCUAAGAAGCUUAAACUCCAAGAAAUUCCCUGCUAAAGUUCCUUUAAAGAUUGAUCAUAACUUGCUUUUCACUGUUUCUCUUGGUGUCAAUCCUUGUGCUACUUGUGUGAACAAUAGUCGCGUCGUGGCUGAUAUCAACAAUGUUACAUUUGUGAUGCCGAAAAUCGCGCUUCUUCAAGCACAUUUCUUCAAGAUUAAAGGAGUUUUUACUGAUGAUUUUCCUGGAAAUCCUCCUGUGGUUUAUAACUUUACAGGGUCACAAGUUACAAAUCUUGCAACUACAAAAGGGACAAGGCUUUAUAGACUUGCUUAUAAUUCAACAGUUCAAUUGGUUUUGCAAGAUACUGGAAUGUUAACACCUGAGAAUCAUCCUAUUCAUCUUCAUGGAUUUAAUUUCUUUGUAGUUGGUAGGGGACAAGGCAACUUUGAUUCUAAAAAGGAUGUAAAAAAGUUUAAUCUUGUUGAUCCUGUGGAGAGGAAUACAGUAGGUGUUCCAGCUGGAGGUUGGACUGCUAUCAGAUUCAAGGCUGAUAAUCCAGGGGUGUGGUUUAUGCAUUGUCAUUUGGAAAUUCAUACAACAUGGGGACUGAAGAUGGCAUUUGUUGUGGACAAUGGUAAAGGACCAAAUGAAUCUCUAUUACCACCUCCAAGUGACCUCCCCAAGUGCUGAGAAAUGUACCAAAUAACACCAAGUGUCAUAUGAAGAGAACCACAUAUUUCAAUGUAAUGAACAAACAAAGCCCAAUGACAAGAUUUUCUUGGAGCAUGAGAAGAACAAAGAUGUCCAAUUGACAUUUAUUGGUCUAUUUUUAUUUCGUUUUAGUUGUAUUUUUAUUUCGUUUUUUGUACUCGUCUUUCUUCUUCUUGAAUAAAAUUUUAGGGCUUAAUUAUGCAUAUUAAUGUUAAGCAAAAUUUUAAGAGGUUUUAA